AUGACAACGUCACUAUAUCUGCGUCCAGGCAAAAAAAGGAGACGGGAAGAGGACAACACGUCGCUCGUGGAUGAAUUCCGUUCUCAUCUAGCAGAGAAUAAAACGCAAAAUGACAAGAAAUUUGCUAGUCUUCAAACUGCUAUACAAGAAGUUAUCACACAAAACAACGACAUAAAGGAAUCUAUAUCAUUUAUUUCUAAGCAAUAUGAGGACAUGAAGGACAGAGUGCACAGCUUGGAAUCGGAACGUAAGGCCGAUCAUCGUCACAUUCAAGAACUUGAAGAAAAGAUAGAUAGCUUAGAACGAACACUCUAUUCCACCAAAAUUGAGGUACGGAAUAUUCCUCAAAAGCAGGGUGAAUCUAAAGAAGAUUUGUGUAAUCUCUUAAUGCAAACUACAGAUGUUAUUGAGUCACCAAUCCAGCGGCAGGAUAUUAAAGACAUAUAUAGAACAGGAAAAAAAGAUGGGAUGCUACCGAUCGUUGUUGAACUGGCAAGCAGUAUUAUAAAGGACAGCAUCAUCAAAAAAGCAAGAAUAUAUAAUAAUAAAAAUACACAAAACAAAUUAAAUACCUCCCAUCUAAAAUUAAAAGGACAAAUAAAGCCUUUGUAUAUAUCUGAACGGCUAACGCCCAAGACUCAACAUAUCUACUACCUUGCUCGUAUGUUUGCCAAAGAAAAUGGUUUUAAAUACUGUUGGACAUCAUUCGGAAAAGUUUUUUUAAGAUUGAAUGAUGGGAAGCAACAUGUACUGAUCCGAAAUGAAUCAGAUUUAACUAGUUUAUCUCAAAAUAAAUGA